CCAUCACCCACCCGCCAUGGGCACGCCGCUCUCGCCCACGCCGCACCCGGCGCAGUGGGACGUGCCCGCCGUCGUCGCCUUCCUCGCCGCCCUUGCGCCGUCGCAGGCCGCACACGCGCCCGCCUUCCGCACGCACGGCAUCGCCGGCGACGUGCUGCUCGCGCUCGACGCCGCGGCGCUGCGCGAGCUCGGCGUGCGCAGCGUCGGGCAGCGCCUCGUCAUCCUCACGGGCGUGUGGCGCCUCAAGCAGGAGUGGGGCAUCGCGCUCGACGACGGCGAGUGGCGCCCGAGCUCACACGAUCUGCUCUCCUCGAGCUCCUCUUCGUCCUCGUUCCCCUCGACUGCGGCGUCGUCGCAUUCGUCGCACGUCUCCUUUGCAGCGGCGCUGCGCGUGCGCGACGAGCGGAUCCGCCUGCUGGAGGGCGAAGUGAGCCAGCUGGCCGAGUACCUCAGCCGCUUCCAGCACGACUUUGCGGGCGUGUGCCGCAUGCUCGGCGUGCGCAACCCGUCGUCGGAGCAUCCUGCGCCCUCGCUCGCGUCCAAGCCGGCCGAUCCGCUCCUCUUCACGCCCGAAUCGACGCUCGCGGCGCUGGCCUUGCCCUCGCCGCGUGCGCCUGUCUCGGGCGCCAGCGCACACGUGGCCUCGCCCGUACAGAGCGGCACGUCGCUCGAGUCGCCGCGGCGCCUGGCCGCAGUGCAGCGCACAGUGCCAGACGAGACGCACUCGGGCGCCGAAGACGUGCCGCCGCUGAUCAAGGCGCGCACGCCGACCAGUGCGCACGCUGCUGCCGAGCCAGCCGAGGCCACAGGCCUGACGCCCACAUCUGCGCAUCCCGCCGGCCGCACUGCAACGACGCCGGGCGGAUCCACGCUGGCAGCCACGCCUGGCGGCUCGGUGCUCACGCCGGGCCACGCCGCCUCGCCAGCAGUGCCUGCGCGCGCCGGCUCGGCCACACCGAGCGAGCGGCCAGAGAGCAAGAGCAGCGCCAAGGACGACGCCGCCAAUCCGUAUAAGAGCUUCCGCGUCACGCUCGACGACCCGUGCCACAAGGUGCUGCCGGCGGCGCUGAAGAAGUACAAGAUCAACGACGACUGGCGGCAGUACGCGCUGUUCAUCUGCUACGGCAACACGGAGCGCUGCCUGAGCUACGACGAGAAGCCGCUGCUGCUCUUCCAGAAGCUCAAGGAGGCCAAGCAGAAUCCCGUGUUCAUGCUGCGCCACAUCCGCGACGUCAAGUCGCCCAUCGCCAUCGCAAACGCAAAGGCCGCGGCGCGCAAGAAUGACGCGGCCAAGGAGGGCGACGCGCCGGAGGCCAGCCCGACCAAGGCGCGCUCAGGCAGCCGCGCGGCGGGCAAGGUGGCAGAAGCCGUUGCGCGCUUCGGCGGCCACACGCGCGACGGCAGCACGGGCGAUGGCGACGAGAGUGGGCCAUCUGGCACGGCCGCCAACGGCGCCGAGCCUCCUGCGCUGCUGCCAUCAGUCGAGGGGUCUGACCCGGUCAUCAGCGGCCCGGCAUCGCAGCUUCCGCCGUCGGCGGCGCCGCCCACGUACGCAAUCGCCAUCUACCCGUACGUCUCGGAGCGCGCCGACGAGUUCGAUGUCGGCGUUGGCGCGACAUUCGUCGUGCUCUCCAAGGCCAAGGGCUGGUGGGUGGUGCAGCGCGAUCGCGGAGGCUCGGGACGGCCCGACGUCGAGGGCGCGCGAGGGCGCGACGACGAAAACGGCCACCACCCCGGCGUCAUCCACUCGGGCUGGGUGCCGGCCGGCUGCCUGCUCGAGACGUCCCGGCCGCUCGCCGGCGUGUUCCUCUCUGCGCCCGAGGAGAACGGCGAGUCGGGCGACAAGGACCGCAGCAUGGCCACUGCGCCGAUCCCGCCGGCGGUCAUCACGAGCACAAGCACGCCGGGCGUGAUGCUCAUGGACUACGCGGCGCCCGAGGAUGCGCUUGACCUGCGCAAGGAAGACCGGCUGCGUGUCUUCAAGCGCUACAACCACUGGUCCUACUGCGUCGCCGAGUCGGAAACGCACGCACGCGGCUGGGUGCCCUCGUGGUACAUCGGCAAGCUCGCCUCCUCUUCCUCUUCGCGCUCGCGCCACG